AACUUUUGGUCCUUUUUGUUUGCUUUUAUAGACUCUGUAGGCGCGUUCACCUCAAACUCCCAAAACCCUCUCUCACUCUCUCUCUGAAACUCCUAAAACCCUAAAAUCUUCUGUAUUCGAAUGGCAGAACCGAUUCAGUUGAGUCAUCUCAUUGAGUCCUUCGUCGACUCGUCUCGUUCCCCGACUCAGCAGGCUGCAAGCUUGGACAAAAUUGCUUCUCUUGUGAAGAAUGAUGUAUUAACUAUGGAAGGACUGGUCAGGGAGAUGCAGAUGUAUUUGACCACUACAGAUAACAUCGUUCGUGCGAGAGGUAUCCUUCUUCUUGCAGAAGUGCUUACAUGUCUUGCAACAAAGCCACUAGACAGUGCUACAUUACAUAGCUUGAUAGGGUUCUUCACUGACAGAUUGGCAGAUUGGAAAGCUUUACGUGGUGCACUUGUUGGUUGCUUGGCACUGAUGAGGAGGAAAAGUAGUGCUGGUGUGGUUACUAGCACUGAUGCCAAAGCAGUUGCAGAGUCUUUUUUACAGAACCUACAGGUGCAGUCUUUAGGACAGCAUGAUAGGAAGCUUUGCUUUGAACUUCUGGAGUGCCUGUUAGAACGCUACCCCAAUACAGUUACUCCAAUGGGUGAUGAGCUUAUUUAUGGAAUUUGUGAAGCCAUUGAUUCAGAAAAGGAUCCUCAAUGCUUGAUGCUUACGUUUCAUAUUGUUGAAGUUCUGGUGCAACUGUUUCCAGAUACAUCUGGUCCAUUUGCAAGUUUUGCUGGGGAUCUUUUUGAAAUUUUGAGCUGUUACUUUCCUAUUCAUUUUACACAUCCAAGGGGUGAGGAUCUUGGUAUCAAAAGGGAUGACCUCUCUCGGGCACUAAUGUUGGCAUUUUCCUCUACUCCUCUGUUUGAGCCAUUUGCCAUUCCGUUGCUUCUUGAGAAGCUUUCUUCUUCUCUACCAUCAGCAAAGCUCGAUUCACUGAAGUAUCUCAGCAGUUGCACAUCAAAUUAUGGACCAGAGAGAAUGGCAAAACAUGCCAGAGCUAUCUGGUUGUCAAUUAAAGAUGCAUUAUAUACUUCACUCCAAGAGCCUACUUUAUCCUUUACUUCAGAAUCUCUAGAUGGACUUGUUUUUCAGGAGAAUGAAAUUGCAAAAGAAGCUUUAACGCUUCUGCAGCAGGUUAUUAUGCAAAACAAUGGUCUUUUUUUAAGUUUGAUUGUUGAAGAUGAGGACAUAAAUAUAAUUUUGAACACUGUCCCUACUUAUGAGAGUUAUAAUGAUAUUCCCUUGCAAGGCAAGCUUAAAUUAUUUGCAGCUGGUUGUAUCCUGUCUAUUUCUACCAAGACCUCCGUUGCUUGCUGUCAUAUGAUUUUCGAAAGCUUCUUCCCCCGCUUGAUGGAAAUUCUGGGGCUUUCUGAAAAAAAUUUAUCUGGAGAUCACUCACCGAAGGACAAUUAUUUAAUCUCCAAAAGACUAAAUUUUGGAGCUCUUUAUCUCUCUGUCGAACUUCUUGCAGCAUGCAGAGAUUUGAUUGCAGGCUCCACACAAAUUGCUUGUAAAUCAGUUUCUACAUAUGAGACAAGCUACUGCAUGCUUCAUAGCUUUUCAAAUUUAUUAACUAAGGCCUUUUGUUCUACCUUGGUGACAAGUCCUCAUGAUGCAGAUAUUUAUUUUGGAGUGAAGGGUUUACAGAUUCUAGCUACUUUCCCAGGAGAUGUUUCUCCAGUACCAAUAUCCGAAUUCGAGAAUAUUUUAAUCACAUUCAUGUCAAUUAUCACAGUGAAUUUCAAGAAGACACUAUUAUGGAGAUUGGCAUUAAAGGCAUUGAUGAAUAUUGGCUCAUUUAUUGAUAGAAAUAAUGAGUCUGAGAAAAUUUUAAGCUAUAUGCGAAUUGUGGUUGAAAAGAUUGUUUCACUGGUGUCUCUUGAUGAUGUUACCAUGCCUUUCCCCCUCAAACUGGAAGCAAUAUCAGGCAUUGGCACAAGUGGACUGAAUUAUAUGCUGCACAUUAUCCAAGGGUUUGAAGAGGCUUUAUUUGCCAAUUUAUCUGAGAUUUAUGUCCAUGGAAAUUUAAAGUCAGCCAAAUUCACAAUUUGGCUUUUGGAAUGCUACUCUAAUAAAUUGCUUCCAUGGAUCCAUGAAAAUGGAGUUUUUGAGGAAGUUUUGUUGCGAUUUCCUAUUAAUAUUUGGAAGCAAAUUGAAAGUUGUGUUGAUUUUAGUGUCCCAGAAAAGGAGCUUCUUGAUGCAAUGAUGACUGCAAUGAAGCAUGCUGUUGCAUUUUGUUCUGAGGAAAGCCAGAACGAAAUAAUCCAAAAAGCUUACAAUGUACUUUCAUCAAGCACUUCUUUUCCACUAAAGGAAUCCAUGGCCCUCACCAUUCCAUUCCAACUGGAAGGUCUACAGCUCACUCAGAAGAUGGACAAUCUGUUGUGUAGAGAUGAAUGGAUUCUUUCACUAUUUGCAUCUGUAGUCAUAGCAGUUCGUCCGCAAACACACAUUCCAAAUGUAAAAGUAAUAUUGAAUUUAUUCAUAACAACUCUUCUUAAGGGUCAUGUUCCAGCAGCUCAGGCAUUGGGUUCUAUCGUUAACAAAUUUGGUAAAAGUUCAACUGGAUCUGAGAUUUCAAGUGACUGUACCUUGGAAGAAGCACUGGAUAUCAUUUUUCAAUUAAAAUUAUGGACCCAUCAAGAUAAUGGUGCUUUGCUGAGAUGUAGUGUUAAUGGAAGUGAGAUGGGUCACACUGAUUUAUGCCAAGCUGUUGUGAACAAUAAAUUGCCCCAGAUACUUGCCAUUACUGGACUAUCAUGGAUUGGAAAAGGUUUGCUUUUGCGGGGUCACGAUAAAGUUAAAGAUGUAACUAUGAUUUUUCUGGAGUGUUUAUUGUCAAAUGGCAAUGCCUUACCAUUAAGUCAGCAUUCACUAGAGAACAGUUGUGAGCAGGAUUUGCGUGCUUCUGUGAUGAAAAGUGCAGCAGAUGCAUUUCGUAUUCUUAUGAGUGAUUCUGAAGUUUGUUUGAAUCGGAAGUUCCAUGCAAUAAUACGACCACUCUAUAAGCAACGUUUUUUCUCCACCAUGAUGCCUAUUUUGCAACCUUUGAUAAUGAAAAGUGAUUCAUUACUUUCUAGAUCCAUGCUGUAUCGGGCAUUUGCACAUAUAAUAUCUGAAACUCCAUUAGUUGCUGUUCUGGACGAAGCCAAGAAGCUCAUACCUAUUCUUCUGGAUUGCUUAUCCAUGUUGAACAAGGAUGCUCAGGAUAAAGAUACAUUGUACAGUCUCCUACUAGUCUUAUCUGGGAUAUUGACAGAUAAAGAUGGUAAUGCUAAAUGGCAAGAAGCUGUAGUUGAUAAUGCUCAUCUUGUCAUUAAUUGCCUCACUGGACUCAUUGCCUACCCUCAUAUGAUGCUUGUUCGAGAGACAGCCAUUCAAUGUCUAGUUGCCAUGUCCGAGCUGCCACAUGCAAGGAUCUAUCCCAUGAGAAUACAGGUACUACAAGCUAUAUCAAAGGCUCUUGAUGAUUCCAGGAGGGCUGUUCGGCAGGAAGCUGUCAGAUGCCGACAGGCAUGGGCAUCAAUUGCAUCAAGAAGUCUUCAUUUCUGAAUGACGCAGUAGAGUUUUUUCGAGGCUGGGUGCUGCUUGCUGGACAAUCUUUUAUUGUUUUGUUUUUUGGUCCUAUAACCUGCCUAGUCAGCAUAGUGUAUGAAACUUUAGGUUUAGCCUUCAGACAUUAAUCAAUAGUCUAUAUUAUCUGUAGAGUGUAGAUAAUCCAAGUUGGACGAGAAAUUUUGUUGCUAUUAAGAAUGUGAUUAGUCUCUUAUCGUUAAUUAGUAGACUACUAUACUACCUGUAGAGUGUAGAUUGGACAUGAAAUUUUUGCUGUAAUUAAGAAGUUGGUGUAAAGUAA